AAGAAACUCCUACUGACAUUAAGGUAUUGACUUCUGAACCGAGUAAAGAGGGGGACCUUUUCAUUUUUACUGAUAAAUUACUUGUCUCAUUCUUUAACUAGCUUAUUGAAGCACGCACAGCAAUAUUACUUCGAAACGCCCAUGCUUACGCUACUCAAAAUGAGCCCAUGAUGUGGAUUCUCGAAAAUAUGUUUCGACCUUUAACCAUUCGAGAUUACGAAGUAAAUGCUUUUUCUUUAGACUUGACAAGCAGAGAACUAAAUGCUUUUGCUGUGAUAGGAAUAUCAAUUAUUAUAUUUAUCGGGUGGAAUCAAACCUCCCUGGGAGCGAAAAAGAAAAGAUGUAAUGCUCCGAACUCAAGGGGAAGGCUAUUUUUCUCAACCUGUGAAAUCACCAAACACAAUUCCCGAAACACCUACACCUCCUGUCAGUGCAAGUCAAUAUAUACCUCAUGUACAAAAUCCUAGCACUGACAAGAUGUAUAUCAUAACACCUCGUACUAGAAUACUUACCGUAACCAAAGAACACGCUAUGGUGUUCAUGAUUGAUUUAAGCUCAAGUUUGGCCACAAUUGAAACAGGAACCGGAAAAGUUAUGAUCGGUGGUGCGUAUGACGUACUCGAAAAUAUCAUUCAUGGAUUGGUGCGUCCGUUUUCAUUUAAUGUAUCAGAAUCUUCACCGCCGAUUAUUAUAGAGCAUGAAAUUCGAAUUACUGUGAUUGCAGAGUGUUCUCAGUUUGGAUCCAACAUGAAUGUGAUACCCAUCUUAGCCGAAUACCCCACCAUGCGUGUAUUGAUGCAAAAUAUACACGUUUCUAUUAAUAACGUAUCCACUAUAUUACGAACCCUCAACGAUCAAAUCAAUACCUUCAAAAAAGACCUUGGAAAAUUCAGAAAAAGACUCACCAUCAAAAGAUUAAAGAUGGGUUACGAAUUGGAUGUACGAGACGAUCAUGCUCAGACCGUAGAGGAGAGCGCCGAAUCUAAUUUUUCUUCUUCGUUGGAUUCGCCGACAAAAACAAAUACGCGGAAUAAUUCCAUUGUAUCUUUAAAAGGAAGUAGUAGUAACUCAAAAUCUACAACAAUUACUGCUACUAAUACCGCUACUAGUUCGACAGUCCCACAGGAUCGUCGUCACUCGAGAAAUAAAUCGAUUACUUCCAAGCAUCAACAAACUAAAAAAAUGGAUGCUUCUACUACAACUAAAAAAGCACAUCAUCAUUACGGCCACCACAGACAUUCUUCCUCUUCCACUACAACAAUGGGGACUCUGACACCAAUGAAACGUUCACCCGCAAAAGAUAAAAAGGAUGUAUGGGGUGUGGGAAAAACCGGUAGUACACUUUCAUAUAUAUUACGUGCUGGAUUGUUUGCCUUAAACUUGAGCUCAAAAGAGGGGCAACCCUCACUUAUCUUGAUUACGGAUGGUGUUGUUAAAUCAACAAUUCAAGACGAAUCAGUCAUCCGUCAAUUAACGGCUGAGCACGUUUCAUGUAGUGUUGUUCAGAUUGGACAAGAAAAAGGGUUUUCCCCUGGCCUUAAUUUUGGGUUUGUGCCUGACAACGAAAUUCUGGAAUUUCUGACGACAGCCACAAACGGUGAAUUCAUGUUUGCAGAAAACUGUCCUCCCAUCUUGCCAAACUCAGAUGAUAAUCUCUUUUCGGACGCACCCAAUAUAUACCAUCAUCGACUACUCUUAAAGGAGAUCAAUCUGGAUAAAGUCAACAUGAAAAAAAAGAUGAACAAGGAAAGUAGCCCUACCAACGGAGGUCAGGCUAACGAAACAGAGAAUGCUCCAGCCACCGUCAUCGUCGAUAUUGCAAACGUUAAUGCAAGGCCACACCAUGAGCAUCGUAGAUUUCCUUGGGAUCCCAUCGCUCAGCCCAUCGUGGAAGAUAUUGGUAUCUGUAAAUACAAGGAAUACUUUUUACCUACCGAGUGCUGGCAUUUUAUGCGAGCAAGACUACGUCAAGGGUUUUUGCUGCAUUCGGUUGCACUGAUUGAUGAAACAAAAGUGGGUGGUAUGAAAACAAGUUCAAAUGGAAAAUUUGCGGGACAAACUCUCGAUGAAGAUUCUACGGCCAAUAGUUUUCAUAAAAAAGAAAGUGUAGUCAUUGUCUUUGUCUUGCAUUGGAAACCUAGCAUCACGGUAGAGUACCGUAUCAAAUCUUUAUGGACUUCCUCAUUGCGAAAUUACCUCAAAACACUCUCUUUAAAUCAGGAGCGCUUGAUCAAAAUACCAGAAGAGCCUCAUGUAUUGGAUGAUGACAACAUUUUUAGCUGCAUGAGGGCCUCGCGAGCGCAAAUUAUCAUUAAAUCAACCGCUUCUUUCACCCAUUUGUUGAGCAAUUGGGAUCAGUUUCAAAGAAGAAAUCAGAUGAUGGCCUUGCAAGGUGCAAAAUCAACUGUGGAUCUGACAGGCUCGCCUGGCUUUAUAAAGGUUGGUAAAAUGAAGAAACUUCUAGAACGGCUAUUUGAAACAGAUAGCAUGUUGAAAGGAUUAAUCCAAUUCAACUUUUCUGAUAAAAUGAACACCUCGGCCGAAUCCAAAACACAUAAAUUCACAGAUACGGGUGACUUUCCGACACAAUCCAAUUACAUUCAGAAAUUUAGCACUUACUGGGAAAGAUUGGAAAAAUCAGAACUUCGUGUUUUCAACAUGUGUUGGUAUGAUGAACAAUCGUUUAAUUUGAUUAUUGGAUCUUGUAUGACACCAUGCAUUAUAAAAAACUAUCGACUGGACGGUGAUCAUACAAUAGGGACAGAAAUAGAUGAAGUUCAGAUUGCUAUGAACCAUCUCUAUGCCAAAUUAGAACAAUGGUCCACCUUCAUGAGUGACGAUCAGCAAGUCUAUAUCAAAAUUAUCAAUAUUGGAGAAACUGUGAGUUCUUCCAAAUUGAACCCGAUGGAUAGCAAAAAACCUUCCACCACCGGUAGAAAGCAAGUGGUACCACAAUUUUGUGAGCUGAGAAUAGUACGUGAAACCGAAAAGUUACUCUGUAUUAAACUCAUGUUCUUUAAUAUCGAUCUUCGACAUCGAUAUCAUCUGACAGAAGAGCUUCAGACCUUGCUUAGUAUAAGAUCUCAGCAACAAACUCUGGCAUCUUUACAAGUGAAGCACCCGGCUGGAAAUAAUAUUUUUGACGAGGAAGAACAAGCUUCAUGUUCAUCGUUCAUGACUCUGGCAAAGCGCCCAUUGUCAAGUUUACUGAUGAGAGAUGGUGUACAUUUCUUACCGAACGCAACUGAUUUAGAGAACGGGAAAUCACUGGGUAUUUUGCAAGGGAACAACGAUAAUAUUAAAUCGUUAUGGUAUAUCAAUCCUGCACUCAUAUUGACGGGCGAAUUUAUUGUUCGAAAUUAUCUUUUACAAUACACCUGGCAUUGGGAUGUGCGGGAUAUCACUAAGGAGGAACAUCAUGCGCACAACAAUCGAUACUUAAUGCCUAUUUUAAAUUUAGCGUUUGAACAGUUUGCAGUUGCUCGUUUAGAACAGAAAUGGAGUCUGAUCUCCUUUAGCAAAUCUUUCGCUCAUUUUUACAAGGAAUUUUUUUGCACAGAAAGCAAUUCCGUACUCUCUGUCCAGUAUUUUAUCUGGAAAGACCUCCCCUCAAAAAGAGUAACAACAGAGCUUUGGUUAGAGCCACUUCUUGCAGAUGAAUCAGCUUCCAGAUUUUAUGAGAGUGCUAAAGGAGAUGUAUUUGGAAAGGACAAACAAAUUGUGUCACAGUUAAUCACUUUUGAUAUUAUGCACGGAUUUGGGCAAAACCAUUCUAGGUUUAUUAAAGAUGCCUUGUCGACCCCGAUGGAGAUCGAAGAUGAAUCUAGAGGUACUAUCAAGUUGAUGCAAAGAGCUUCUCUCUUUAACUUGUCAUCAGUGCUCAGACUGGGUUCGUUUCUGUUUGCAUUGUAUCCCUGUCCCAACUACAAUCGUCACUUUCACCCUGAAGGAAAUGAUUCUGUGGUGAUUGAUCAGCAACAAAAAGCUGCGGCUGCUGCUACUGCUGCGGCUGCUGCAACGAAUUCCAUGUCUUCAACGCUUGUACCCGAAAGUCAUGAUUCAGGUGGCUACGUACGUCGAAGAAAUGGCGGUGCCUCUACAAAUCAUUUGAGUGGUGCUGUUAACAGCAGUGCUACAUCGCGUGUAAGAGUCGUUCCCAAAUUCAGUCCUUCCGCCUCUCCUCAAGUGGCAAGAACACCUUUAAUAUGGAAUAAUGAUAAAAGCAGUAAUGCAUGUACUUGUCCUAGACCAGACGAACUCAUCUGUGCAGAAAAAGAUUCGAUAUCCAAAUUACGUCCUGUACUUCGCGACAUUGCACUUCUACAUUAUUAUGUUGAAAUAUCCUUGUCUUCUGUCACAGAUCGUAACAUGUCUUUAGACAAAACUCCUGUUGAUGAAUUUUGGUCGUCUGUUGUAAAAGAGCUCCUUCAUAGAAAAGAAGUAGGUGCAUCCCGUAGUACACUUCACGUAGCUCAGAAUUUUAGAGACUUGCGCUGCUUUAUCAAGAUUUUUGAUCCAUCGGUAUUUGUAGUGCUUCUGAUCCCACGGUUGGAUGCCAUUGUAAAAGGUCUUUACACAAUGGAUAGUGCUCAUUUGACCCCUAAUGACUUCUUUGACCGCAUGGGACUAAUGAUGUUUGAAUGUCAUCGACAAGAUUCGGUCAACAAUCACAAUGCAGUGCUGAAUUUUGAUCAAAUAGAGGUACGUCCGAUUGACCCGCUGUCAUCCAAAGAGUGGUUAGAAAGCUUGCGAUCCACUUUAAGGCCUGACUUAUCAAGAGGAUAUUUUUCAAACACACGUAUGAAUGAACCACUGUCGGAUAGAACGCUCCGGCUGAUGCAGGAUGUAUCCCAUGUGUAUUCUCGAAGUUUUGUAAAAUCUAUUUUUACGUGUCUGCUCCACGGACGCGCCAUUGAUUCAGAAGAUUUUGAAAAGGUGCUAGAAAUCUGUGAUGAAUCGAACUUGGAUAUUGACCUGACGGGUUAUCUAAACGUACAAACAUUGUUAAAACGAAGAUCAAGAACAAGCGACGAAGAACUUGCGUCUGCAAAUCAACGGUUUAUUUCUGUUCUUGGACAUUAUUUUGAGCCGGUCAUUAUAUCAAACACAAAGUGGACAAACAUGUAUUGCUAUCGCCCACCCUUUGCAAAAGUAGGACAAAAAUUAGGUCUAUCUCUUUCUUCGGGUGAAAAACCAAGUAAUUUGGCAGAUGUGGUGGUAUGUGCGCAGAAUCCAUUGUUUGUGCGUCUCGAUUGUACUUUACGUAAACCAAAAGAAGAUGGCACGGGAUUUAUCGAGACAACGUUUCCUUUAAAAAGCUUACCGGUACUUUAUGAAGGCGAAACAGAAGAUGGCAAGACUUAUAAUUUUGAACCAGAAUCUAUCGGUACCAAAUUUUCACCUGUAGAUUCGGCAGAUGGUACUACCGCUACACUUCAUCUGGUAUGUAUGACACUUCCUCAGUCUGAAUAUGAUUUGCCAAAUGCCUUAUUUUCGCACAAGUCUUCAUGUCCUGCUGAAAAUGCUGUCCCUCACCAAGCCUCAUUUUUAGAUGCAGACAAAACGCAUCGAGCCAGACUACCUUCUUUAAGUCAAGACAAACAGGAUGCGCUUGUUGAAACAGAAGCUCGAUUGACGUGGUUGUUUACCGAAGAAAUCAUGCACGGUCUCCUUCGAUCUGGACCCAUUACACAAAAUGUAAUUCGAUAUAUCGAAGCGCAAUUGAAAAAGAAAAACCCUUUUGUUGAUUUCCCUACGACUAUGUUCAUCCCGCUGGCUUUUGUCAAGAGCCAAAAGGAGAGCCGACGAAUGUUCUUUGAGGAGCUUGAAAAGCAUAAUAAUAGCCCUUACCGUUUAGUGCGUGUCGGCGAUUGUUUUUACGCAAGCGAUAAUGGAACAAAUUCCAAUUUAGUGCUGCAACAUGAUUUGUUAGAAGAAGAUGAUGAUGAAUCCUUAUUUGAUGGAGAAGGUCUCAAUAUCACGACUGAUAAUAAUCGAAAAAAGCCUGUAGUGGAUGGUGAGCAAGGUAGCGAUGAAUUUUGUCAUGGGCUUGGUAUCAGUAUUUUGGAGCCUGAAACACCCGAAAAUGAAGAUGAAAUCACCACUGAGCCAACUCACCCCCAAUUAUACUGGUUACUACUGAUACCCCAGGCACAAAACGUACAAAUUUAUUUUUAUUCAAAAAUGCAACAGUCUGUAAACAGAUCUGAAAUUAUUCGUGUUACCAAAUCUAUGGUAAAUGAAGUAAUGGAGCGUACAAAUAAAAUGUCACUUCUCCAAUCUUUACAUGAUACAAGAAGAUGCAGUAAAUAUCUGUUGGCUCCCACAGAAGACGAGAAGCCUGCUUCGUCAUCUGGCGAUGAAUCAAGCGAAGAUGAUGAUACAUUUGUAGCUGCUGGAUCCGGUAACAAUUUGGUAGAGAUUCUCUCUACAUCAGGUGAAGAAGCAACAUUUUCACCUCCCAAGAAAUUCUUACCUGGUCAAUUCAGUUGCGAAAUUGUGUUCACCAAGCGUUUCCCUCUCCACUGGAGACUAUCUCCCAACUCUGCCUUUAGCAAACUAAUGACAGAUACAUUACCCCCAUUUUUGGUUAAAAACAAACCUGGUAUGUUUGUUAUCUCCCACGAAGAUUCAGUGGUUUAUUGCUUUUUGAGCGAAGUGAGUACAAUAGUUCACAGUUCAACAUUAUCCGAUAUUAUGAACCAGUCUUUCCUCGGUACAACAAUCAACAACAACGAUACCGAAGAUGCAUAUUAUACGUCUCAUCCAGAAUCGCCGUAUGGUGCUUCUUCCCUUGUCACUGAAAAUAACGAAGUCCUUGGCACCUCUCAUUCGCGUAUUCGUCAUGCAUCUCAUAUAUACAACAAACAUUCGCCCCAAGGAAGUAUUACGAGUGAACGCCAGCAAUUCAGUCCUAAAAAUAGCCCUAGUUUUACAGAAGCAGGUGUAUCUACAUCAUCACCCGCUACGGGUAAGAGACAUGGUGGCCGGCAAUAUGAAGGUCGAGAGCUUGUUUUGGAAGUCUAUGGUGUCGAGUCAAAUAGUUACAUUGUAGAUGGCCUGGUUGAGAUGAUUGAUUCACGAAUUACUUCUGAAAUCACUCUGAAAGAAGUUCAGCAAUUUCUUAUUCGUAACCCGAGCUCCAAGUUAUCUCGUGCCGAUAUUGAAUUUAUUUUGCCUGUAGAAAAAGAACCGUUAUUGCAAAAACAGUUAUGUAUCCCAUCUUUAGUUGAAAACACGGUCCAAUUUUUGAAGAUAUUCCGCAAAAACAUUAUAUCAGGGUCUUCUCUCCAUGCCAUUCACUCAAAUUAUUUGCCGUCUGUACUGAAAAAGCAACAUGAUAUGCGUUACAGUAGUUAUGGCAACAGCGAUUUUAAUGGUCGUUUGAUGGGCGAAAAUGUCAAUAAGCUUUUAUCUGAGGAAUGGUCGUGUUUGGAUUUAUGCUUUUAUUAUAAUUACUUGAAUCGGGCUCCAGGCAUGUAUUUGCCGUUUGAACAAAAAAUAGGUGAAGGUGUAGCGGGUAUAUGUCUGUCUAUAAUUAAUGAUAAUGAUCUUGCUUAUAGCCGAAUCACUUCAAACUGCCCAUCUGGAAUUCCUUUCAACGAGAAUAGUGAGUUCAAUUUAAAUGACCUUACUUCCUGCUUGAAUUCGGAUUUUGAACAAACGGACAAUGAUGAGAAGUUAAGAAUAUGUAUUGAUAUUUGGUCCCACUGCAAGCUUGAAGUAGAACAUAUAUACCAAUAUAUCUACAAAUCAUUUAGACAAAGCAUCUGUGACUACAUUGUCGAAAAUGCUGUUUCGUUCAUACCUAGACAAGUGGUACACGAUAGUGGGAACAGCUAUCAGGAGGAUUUCAAAUCGGUGGCUUCUCUACUCAUGUUUGCACUUCAAAAGGCUUCUGAAUGGGAAAGCUCAACCGUAAAGCAAAUAUCUCGAUCUAUUACUUUGACGCCUUGGUACUUUGAUGGUAUUGUGCAGCAGUUAAAAUGUGACCUCAUUGAUAUACAUUCAUCACUGGAACCGACAAUAGCAAGGGCAAAACUAUCGUCUUCUUUAAAUGAUUUUAUGUCAAGCGAUAAUUCAACCUUACCUAAUGAUUACAAGUUAUAUUAUCCUGGGAAUGAAAGUUUUAAUGUAGAAUCAAACCAGAACACUAAAUCAAGCAGCCCAUCCUUCUCAACUUCAAACAGAAAAUUCUCCUUCACCAAAAUCGAGCCUACUUUGAAGCAAGGAAAAAUCAGAAAGAAAGUUGAUGAAGUCCCUAUAUUCAAUCAUGAAAAUUAUAGAUACAUGAUUAUUAGUGGAUUACCCGAGCUUUAUAACAAAUAUGUUUUAUCCAACCCACGAAAAGGCAGCACUGAAACAACAGACAACGGUUCUAGAUUAAACAACCGUACUGUUUUUAACGGUGUGAACUCGAUUAUCGAAGAAGAUCCCAUGAUGUAUCUCAAAGCUGAUGGAUUGAAGCGAGAAGAUACAGGAAGUCUUCACAGUCGUCAAGAGUCUUUGGCUUCCAGCAUAUCCAAGAUAUUUCCAAGUUACUUGUCUAAAGCAAAAGGGAUUGACUACAAAGAGGUAUCGCAUCAGCAUAGUUUUAUUAUAUUUACGUUAGAUUCUUCCCGUCUAUCUAUAUAUGCUUACAAUUGUUCUGACAACUUUACCGAACAUGUUUUCAAUACCACGUUUAAAAACGUUGUUCAACAAGAGACAAGACAUCUAGGUCUGAACAAUAUUCUCCACCAAAAGAUUGGAUUGUUUCAUCACACUGAAAGCAUGUCUAAAAUCUUGUCGCACAACAAUAAUAUUUCUUAUGCCAGUGUCUCCUCAAACGUUGCUCCUAUUCCCAUGACGCCUUUACAGCAUAGUGCAUUAACUCAAGUCCAAAAUACAAGCAAUGCAAGAGUAUCGCCUAGUGUGGUUAAUACAAUUGGGCGUCUUGUGCAGAUAGAUUCUUCAUCCUCCAUACCAUCGAUUGAUAGUUUUACGAGCGAUCGCAGAAAAGCAACUAACAACGGCAAAAUUACUGUCGACUUAGAAAUUCUUCGAAGUCUUGUAACAAACACAUUUGAAUAUAAUAACCGAUUGAAAUCGAGUACGUUAAAUUUGCAGCGAUUCAUGAGCACAGAUACUAGCAGUAGCUUUCAGCAGCAGCCCAAUGUAUUUGAUACAGUAGAUAACGCAAAGCUAUGCAGAGUAUUAAAAUCCAAUGCAGACACUGUUUAUACUGCCGUUCGAGGAGCCGAUGCUAACACUGUGCUUCGCGAUGUUUAUGCGCAUUCAACGGCAGACAACAAAAAUCAGUUUGACAACGAUUAUCUAUUACGACACGGUGAACCCUACCUUGAUAUGUAUUUGGCAAGAUCAAAGCCGCUGGCAGCUCAUGAAAAGGCGUUCAAAGUGUAUACAAAAUGGGCGGAUCAUUAUUAUGGCCCAGGAAAUACAGAAACUACGGAUGAGAUGAUGACUGUGGAAGAAUUAAAACAAAUUCUCAAGGCUUCUCGGCUACUUCAUUUUUGUCGAACACCAUUGAUUUUCUCGGAAUCAAACUCUUCAGUCUCGGACAUGACAUCGAUUGCAGAAAGCGGAAUUUUUGAGAAAUUAUUCAACAAACUGACUGUUCAAAAAUCUGAGGAAAUGACAGGAUGGUAUGAACAGUUAUCCCGUGGAUUUAUGAGAGAGUACGCAAGUUACUUGGAAAGUAUUGGUAUGCAUUUGAUUGUUUAUGGGCCUUCUAAUGAUCAACCGGAUGAAGUCGAAGCAUACUUAUCUCAUUUCACAAUCACUGAAAACUAUUCGGUUGAGUCUCCCGUUGUUUAUUUACUGCAAGUAUUUGAAGGUGGAUCUAUCAUGUGUGAAGUAAGAUUGACAGGAGCUUUUGUAUCUGUUACAUUAUACACUUUACAUCGCAGGUAUGGUCGACUUCAAUCUUCUCCCUAUACACAAAGAAGAAAAGAAGUAGGUAGAGAGAAUUUCCAAAGCUUUAUGGGUGAAUGUGACAAAUUUAAGCAAAGAAUUCACGUCAAUUCUUUUGUAUUUGAUUUUCAUUUGCGAUAUAUCCAGCGAAGUUUAGAUGACGUCGAAGCGUUGCCAAGCAACCUCAAUUUAUUAAGUAUCAUUAGAAAUACUGUCUCUGUUUAUGACCGACCUGCAAUUUACUCAAGAAAUCGAAUUAUCAAUGGCAUUUACGAAUUCCCCGUGGAAGACUCUCUUAGCAACCUGUCAUCGUGGAUACUGGGAUCCGGAUUAAAAUUGGAACUCAAGACUCUAAAAAUGGAUAAGGCGCCUGUGGCAUGCUUUGUUUCAUCGGAUAAUCCUACUUUUGAAAAUAGACACUGCAUGGAAAGCACACCGUUUAGAUAUACGCUUGUCAUUUGUCCAGCAGAAAAAACUUCUAGUGGUAGAUGGAGAGAUAGUAUCAGCGUGCAUAGACAGGGGAGUUUCGAUAUGAUGGGGUCAAACCCUACUCAAAAAUUGGUUAGUCGGAUUGUUGUAGGAGAAGAAUAUACAAGGAAAAUAUCUCUUCAAUACUUUGUAUUGGUUACUUACCGCGGAAUGGAUCGUUGUACUUCGUCAGAACACUGUCAAAAAGCAUGGUCUGAAGUAUUAAAGGAAAAACCUCAAAGGUAUGCAAAUUUCUUGGAUGAAGUUUUGGCCCCCGAACAAUUUACAAUGAAUGACGUAUUUGAGUCUGCCAAGUUCAAAAUAGAUCAAAUCAUAGAUAAGGCCAUUCAAUUAUUUCAUCGUGAAGCGGAUUGGAAUAAACUGUACGAAAUAGUUCGACCUAAUUUAACAAAGGAGUUACCAGAAGAUCUUGUACAAUUGACCAGCCGAUUCAAUCCAGUUGAUCUUGGAGUAGCAGAUAACUCCUUUGAUAAGUUCUUACAACUGAAGGGUCUCAACUGGAACGAUGCUCUGGAUAAUUUAAAAACGUUUUAUAAGAUGACUUCAGGAGAUAUAUAUAUUAAGGAUACAAGGCACGUUUUGCUGUUCAUUCCAAAUGCUGCCUCGCCUACAUUUUUCCACUUUAUUUGCUCACCUGGUGAAAAGUGUAAGGUGACUAUCAAUACCAAAGAAGGUGGAAGACAAGGUCAUGUUUUGCGUGAUGAUGAAAAGAACUAUAUCAGUCAAUUAGCGACCAAUUUAUCCUAUUAUAUUUGGAAACGUGUCCACUACUAUUAAUAGUCAUUCCAUGUGUUGAAUAAACAAAAAUAAAAUCGAGAAAUCAGCCAGCCCCGAGUCUUUAAAAGAAUCACAAUAAACUUCUGUUUAAAACCACAAAGCCAAUUAAAAUGAAAAUAAUAAAUAAAAAC